AUGAGUAUGUAUCAUGAGUUGACCAAGGAAUUGUUUGUAAACUUUUAUUUCCGUCAAACGUGGACUGACCCGCGUCUACAAUACAACGACCAAAUGACCAAUGGGGUGAAAGUGGUGGGCGGAUUGGCCAUCAUCAAACGCAUUUGGACACCCGACACAUUCUUCCCAAACUCUCAUUUAGUCGAGUUAUUCCGCUUUCCGGCGCCAAACAUAUUCAUG